AUGAAAUUAUUCAAGGCAAUCACAUUAGCGUUUAUUUCAUCGGCGAUAGCUUCGCCUAUGAUGUCUGAUCGUUUGGACAGUGCUGCCCAAGUGUCCCAAGCUGCUAGUAGAGCAGCAGCAGCAAACCCAUCUGUGUCUGGUCUGAAAUUCAACAUUGAUGGCACCACUGGGUAUUUCGCGGGGACUAAUUCGUACUGGAUUGGCUUUCUUACCAAUAAUGCUGACGUGGAUCUGGUGAUGGCGCACUUAAAGACUUCAGGUUUGAAAGUUUUGAGAGUCUGGGGUUUCAACGAUAUCACGCAAAGUACAUCUGAAGUAUGGUUCCAGAGCUUCAUAAAAGGACAAAACCCGCAGAUAAAUACUGGCGCCAACGGCUUACAGCGCCUUGACUACGUGGUCAAGAGUGCCGAAUCCCAUGGGGUCAAACUGAUCGUCAACUUUGUCAAUAACUGGAAUGAUUAUGGCGGCAUGGCGGCUUAUAACUCAUUUUACGGCACUAGCAUAUCUACAUGGUACACGGACUCAAAGGUCCAGGCACAGUAUCAGGCUUAUAUCAAGGCUGUCGUGAGUCGGUACUCCUCAAGCACAGCGAUUUUUGCUUGGGAGUUAGCAAAUGAGCCACGCUGCAAAGGCUGUUCUACUUCUGUCAUUACAAAUUGGGCUACUAAGACCAGUGCAUACAUCAAGUCUCUUGAUCCAAACCACAUGGUAACUCUAGGGGAUGAAGGCUUUAUGAAUGGUGGCGGCGAUGGCAGUUAUCCAUACACAACCGCCGAAGGCAUUGACUUUGAAGCAAACCUUAAGGUUCCCAACCUGGAUUUUGGAACUUUCCAUCUCUAUCCCGAAAGCUGGGGUGUGAGUGAAAACCCUUUUGGCAGCACAUGGUUUGCUAAUCACGGGACGGUCUGCGCUAAGGUUGGCAAGCCGUGUAUUGGGGAGGAGUACGGCGCGACAUCCAACAAGCCAGGAGCUAUGGUCCCAUGGCAAACCACCUCGUUGAACACACCAGGUCUGGCUGGGGAUAUGUUCUGGCAAUAUGGCGACACGCUUAGCACUGGUAAAACUCACGAUGAUGGAUAUACUUUAUACUACGGCUCAAGCGAUUACAAUACCUUGGUUACAGACCAUGUAUCAGCGAUCAACAAGGCUGGUGCAUGA